UCUCCACAAAUUAGUGAACAUGUACGUCAAAGGAGCGCCCUGUGUUGUCUUCGUUGUCCUGACGUUUUGGUGCGGGUUUCCAGUGUUUUCAGCUGGAUUCACCACAUUUCGGAAUGUGACACCGAAAGUUGUUCAGGAAAAAUUGAUAUGGAUCAAAGGUCAAGAAGAGGUGUCACUUUACCGCAUUCCUAUUAUAUCGUACACUUCACAAGGUAGCUUGAUAGCGGCGAGUGAAGCAAGGAAAUAUUCUGGUAGCGAUCAUGGUCCAAAGUUUCUUGCUGUGAAACGAUCUACAGACAAAGGCUACACAUGGGAACCCCAACAAUUUGUGUCAGAUGACGGAAGCAUUGUUAAAGAUGGAUUAAACUUAGGAGCAAUUUUAUCAGAUGAUGAGAAAGGGAUUAUGUUUAUAUUUUACACCAUGUGUGCGCACUACGACCAUUGUGAUACAUCAACUACUCACGUCAUCAGAAGUUACGAUGAUGGCGUGACAUGGACGAAUUCAUUCAAUGUGUCUGAACAGAUUGGUACGAGAAUGUUUGCGCCAGGUCCUGGGUAUGGUAUACAGAAAAAAUUAAACCCAAACAAAGGAAGACUGGUAGUUUGCGGACACAGCACGCUUUCUGGUGAUGGCAUGUUCACUGUCAUUAGCGACGACCAUGGCAACACGUGGCGAUAUGGCGGGAUGGUUAAAAGUAUACCGUACAAUGCUCCAAAGAAGAGUGGAGAUUUUCAACCAGAUGAAUGUCAGCCAGUGGAACUACCUGAUGGAUCUAUAAUGAUUAAUAUGCGUAACCAAGGUCAUUAUCACUGUAGUUGUCGUAUUAUAACAAGAAGUUUUGAUGGAGCAGAGACGUUUUCAUUUGAUAAUCUGUACUUUGAUGAAGCUUUGAUUGACCCGGCCUGUGCUGCUUCAACAUUGUACCAUAAUGGUGUACUAUUCUUUGUUAAUGCAAUGAGUACAAAUAAGCGCGAGAACCUAACUUUACAAUGGAGUUACAACAACGGUACAACAUGGUCUGGCAAACUGAAUAUCUUCCCUGGCUACAGUGCAUACAGCGCUAUGACAGCAUUCUCAAACAGCCUGAAAUACGGAGAUGAGUUAUAUAUCCUUUACGAGAAAGGUCAAAACUCGGCUAACAGUAUGGAUUCAUUAUCAUUUGUAAGAGUCGCUCUCUAUGGGUAAAAUGUUAAUCAUGUCAUCUACAAAUCACACAUCCUGAUAGGUUUUGAUUUUGGAAUUUCAGCCUUGUAGAAUUAGGUCAUAAGUACAUACCAGGAUGUAUGACUCUUAGGGGUCAUGAAUACAUACCAGGAUGUAUGACCUUUAGGGGUCAUGAAUACAUACCAGGAUGUAUGACCUUUAGGGGUCAUGAAUACAUACCAGGAUGUAUGACCUUUAGGGGUCAUGAAUACAUACCAGGAUGUAUGACCUUUAGGGGUCAUGAAUACAUACCAGGAUGUAUGACCUUUAGGGGUCUUGAAUACAUACCAGGAUGUAUGACCUUUAUGGGUCAUGAAUACAUACCAGGAUGUAUGACCUUUAGGGGUUAUGAAUACAUACCAGGAUGUAUGGCCUUUAAGGGUCAUGAAUAUGUACCAGGAUGUAUGUAUGACCUUUGGGGGUCAUGAAUAUGUACCAGGAUGUAUGUAUGACCUUUAGGAGUUAUGAAUACAUACCAGGAUGUAUGACCUUUAGGGGUCAUGAAAAAAGACCAGGGUGUAUGACCUUCAGGGGUCAUGAAAAAAAGACCAGGGUGUAUGACCUUCAGGGGUCAUGAAAAAAAGACCAGGGUGUAUGACCUUCAGGGGUCAUGAAUACAUACCAGGAUGUAUGACCUUCAGGGGUCAUGAAUACAUACCAGGAUGUAUGAACUUUAGGGGUUGUAAAAAAAGACCAGGAUGUAUUUAAGGGGUCAUGCAGUGACAUUGAUUGUCUAUAAUUUUUGAAAGCGCUGUGUAUUUUAUUCACAUGGCUGAAAUCAAACUAACCACAAUAAUUGUUUGAUUAAAAAUUAAUUUUGUUUAUAUGCAGAUGGUCAGUGACCAAUAUUUACUUUAUUUCAUUGUUAUUGUAAUUGAACAAUCAAAAAAUUAUUAUGCAAUGCGUUUUGUACAUGAAUUGAGAAUUUAUAUUUAGUUUUAAUGAAUCAUUUUUGUUGUACAAUGUACGUGUCAAUAUCUGUAGCUGCCAGCAGUUUAAUUUCACAGCAACAUUUCCAUUGUGACAAUAUUCCUUUUUCUGUUACCGGUAUUUGGCGUAGAUUAGAUUUUCUUCCAACUUUUUAUGACAAUAAUUUUUCAAAAGGUUUCAAAAUUGUAUGCCAAUAAGUCUGUAACUUGCCUCCUAUAUUAAGUUUAUUACUAUGUUUUGUGAUUAUUGAGCACUGAGAAAAAUAAUAUAUAUUGGUGCUAUAUUUACCUUUAUCAGUUUACUUCAUCAACAUCCAAUCAGGACUAGAGUUACAAACUACAUCUGUAAAACUUGUUUUGAUUGGCUGACAAAUUAUACAUAUACCAAAUAGGUAACAAUGGCGCUGAACUUAAGAUAUGAAAUUUUUUCAAGAAUGACAAAUCAGGUUUUAUUCAGUAAUGAACAAUAUGAUCCACAGUAGGUGGGCUAGCGUUCAUAAUCAUGUAUAUACAGACACUUCCGAUUUAUUGAAGUCACUGGUUGUGAAUCACUAUGUAUUUGUAUAUUUUGAAACAAUGUCUGAUACCAAGUGGCAAUAGACGUUAUUUAAUUGUGAUGCGGCUUUGAGCUUUUUUGAAAUUGUUUAUAUAAAUAAAAAUCCAAUUU